UGUUUCCACUGUUAGACUGUGUCAUGUCGGACUCUAAGCUGCAGCUGGCACGCCCUGGCCUGUUCUCUGGUCUGGCCAGUCUGGUCAACCAAUGGUCCCAGCAGGCUUGCCAGCCUACCAGCUUCUACACUGCACUCACCACCAGUUUCUGGGGUCGCCUGGGCGACACAUGCUCAGCAGCAUCGGAAAGCCACCUCACAGAUGCUUCUGCGCUGGCCAGUAGUUGUGCUUCCUUAGAGGCACUACUUACUUCCUUCAAAAAUCCUGAUUCUCAGUCCAGAAAGAACCUCAAGGUGAAUUUUGUGUCUCCAAGAAAGUCUCAAGAUGAAAUUGAAGAACCUGUAUCCCCCAUCGUGAAAUCAUCGGACCUGGCACCAUCAUUUAGGGAGGAGCUGAAUAAAUUGGUUUACAAGCAGCUGAGCGUUAUCUUCAACCUGAUGGAGGUUUGCAGCGAUCGAGCCAGGGUCGUCUUCGUGGGUCAUCUGGCACGGGUCUUAGAGGAAUAUUCCAGUCCUGAGGUGUUCAGUUAUGUUCUGAGCAUCAGUGAGUUGAGCUGGGCCGAGUUCUACCGGCAGCGGCUGGCACGGUGGCUCCGGGACGAAAGUGUUCCGCUAGAUUACAGCUUGCGGGUCAUAUUCUCCCUCGUCUCGCACAUUCAGAACGAUGAUGAUGUGCAGACAGUGUUUGCUGAUUUGAGCGGGGAGGAAAUAUUGGCUGUGUUGAGUGACGGAAAUGAUUCCCAACCAGAACCUCUCUACGUAAAAUGGCAGGAUAUCCUAGAGUGGGCACUGUGCCCUGAGAACCAGACACCUUGUGUGCUACGGUGGAUAAAUAGCAACGGAGACGUGUGUCGUCUUGCCACCUCCCUCAGCCGUCACGACCCCUCGUACAACAUCCUCCACAACUGCCUGCGCAACUUGCGCCACAGCACCUGGUUAUCAACUGAUUCUCUGCGGAACUUGGUGAGAUGUCUUCGCCACAACCUGAUGGAUGGCUCUGUUUCUGACGAUGUGAAGGAUUGCUCGGGUGACCUGGUACACGCUAUGCUGCAGAACACUGCCAACCACGUCAUACUCGCCCACCUGCCAGCAGUGGACCUGCAGAAGUUGCUGUACGAGCUGCUGACUGCGACCUUGCAGCACCUGCCACACUUCCCGUCGUGUUGGCAGCAUUGUGUGACAGUGCUCUCACUUCAGACUGGGGCCGAUCUCACGUUCUCAGCUGCCUGCGAGAGAUGCGUAGACCUCUUAGUGGCAGUCAUUAGCACCAGAUCGAUGGAUCUGCUUGAGUGCAAACAGCUUGUAUGUGUGCUGGAGGACCUGAUACAGGCAGCAGUGGCGGCGUCAACAGACAGCGAUGUAACGGACAUGACCGCCUCCUUGACUGCAGUCAUUCUGCACCGCUUGGCCGCCAGAAUCAGGGAGCACUCGGGUAACGUCUGGAGUCUCUACGCAAUGGCAGAGAGUGUGGCUGGCAAUCUCAAGAACAACCAACUACCCUACAAGGAGUUCUGGUCACCCAUGUCCAAGGAUCCUCUUGCAUCUGUACCUCUUCAACAGUAUGUAACCAGUAUGAUACCAUUCCUGAUGAUGGUGGUGAGGCUGCAAACGGGUACCGAGGCUACGGAUUCUGAAGCUCCGGAUACCGAGACCUUCAGCCAGUUCCCCUACUCCCAGCUGAGGUCUGCUGUAGUGACAGAGGAAUUGUGGGACUGGACCUCGGAAGUGCUCUAUUCCAUGUGCUUCUGUGUAUCUUUUAAGGAGAGGUUCACCAGUACAAAGCAGUAUUUCCUGCUGAAAGAGAAAAUCACUUUUAUAAUUGAAGAGUGUGGUUUGUUUUGCCAGCUUAGAGAAAAAGACCUGAUCAGUCACUUAAAUGUCAGUCUUUGUGAAGAAGAUGGCACAUCGCUCUCACAGUGCGAUGCUCUGGCCAAAUUCCAGAAGCAAAUACUUCUCAAAGACCUGGGCCUUCUGUACAAUUUAAAACUUCUUCAGAAAGGUCUAUUUCCUUUCAAAUCAAAAAAUGAUAUAAUAAAACAACAUUACUUUCCCGAAGAGGUGUUGGAAGAGAUUGUCAACAGUGGGGUGGUGGACAGAGCCCAACUGCCUACAAUCAAUAUUCUCUUCAGUCGGUUGGUAGCACUGCAGGAGGACAUGGAGCACUCCACCAGCACCACGUACAUAUCCAUCAUGGACAGUGUGUUUGACCUUCACGUCAGUGAACUGAAGGACAACAGGUCAUUGUUGGAACUGUCAGACCAUGAGUUGUGUCACAUCGCCGAGGUUGCCGACUUUGCGUGUCAUAGCGUGUCGAACUACAGUGUCCACAUGAAGCAGUCUUCCUGGGACGCGUGUCUGGUAGCCACUGCCGCGCUCACACUCUGUGUCGACAGUACGCUCAAGGAUUGGAGUGAGCAACAUUCCAUUCACACGGAACCUGAGUCGCGUCCUGCUGAGCCCACUGCUACCACUAGCUCUCAGCCCUGGCCACUGUCACUGCUUGUGGAGUCCGACGCUGUGCCAGAAGAUAGUUCGGAGAAUUUCCUUCGGUUACCUCUGGUGCGAGUAGUGUGCUCUGUGUGUCGCCUGUUCGAUGCGGUAUCUACUCAUAUGAGGUCAGUGGAGGACGAUGACAAGGCGGCCAGGACUCGCCGGCAGGAGUGGACCGACGUGUUCCUGCCAGGCACUCACGCUGCCAUCACCUCGGCGUGGCUGAGCGUGGCCGGGAUGUGCUGUGAGAUGCCGUCCAUGAUGUUGAUGGUCGAGGCACUCGGCUCUUCUGUCACCAGGUUUGUCGAGUAUCCACACUUCGUUGAUGGUUCCCCCCUCUCCUGUCUGAGCACCUGUUGUCGUCUGGUGCAGUCCUCGGAGUCCUCUACGCAGCUGGCCGCAUACCACUUGCUCGUCAAGUUAAUCCCUGCUCUUAUAGAGUUGGACACGAAGGAGUGUGAAAACAAUGUCGCCCUCAGCUGUAAACACAUAGACCAGACUCUUAUCUUCACUCAAACUAUCAUUGAUACUAUUCUCUCUGGACUCAGUUUUGGGGACACCUGCAUUGUAGAACCGUUCACCGACAGCUACACUUAUGUGCGUUGCUACUUACUGCUAUGGUCCGCUCUACUAGAGAUGUGUUACCAAGCCAGUGCCCAGCUUCGUGCGCUCUAUACUACCUGGCUAAGAGAGGGGUACUUGGAAGUGUUCAUGAAGACAGUGUUCUGUCUGAUGCCCGAGGCGGCUCUCCACGGAGACGUGGUCAAUCAGCGACUCGUCCAGUAUUUCUCCAAGCCUCCGCAGUUGGAAAAAGGAGUGUGGGGAAGUGAGAGACUAGCUCAGCUGAGUUGCUGGGUGUACGGUGUCGUGCUGCGCCGUUUGCCAGCUGCCAUGCGCCGGUGGUGGAACGAGGCUGAUCACAAACCCUACACCCUGAUGGAGCAUGUUACAGCCACUUAUGUCAGCCACGAUCUCUGCGCAGAGGAAAUGCGAGCCAUUCAGUUGCACGAGAAGAAAUUCGACAAUGUAACGGUCCAUGUGAUCUCAAACAAGGAAGUGUGUGCAGUCUACACAUUAGAGGAGUCUCGUAUGGUGCUUAUCAUCGAGUUGGCCCACAAUCAUCCCCUCGGGCAGGUCAAGGUCAAGAGUGGACAACAGAUGGUAUCCAGCAUCCAGACUAGGCAGUGGCUCAUGCAGAUCACCAUCUUCCUUACUCACCAGAAUGGGUCCAUCUGGGACGCUCUGGAACUAUGGAAGCACAACCUGGACAAGAGGUUUGAGGGAGUGGAAGAGUGUUACAUCUGUUUCGCAAUCCUGCACAGUGUCAGCCACCAGCUGCCCAAGCUCACCUGUCAGACCUGUCGCAAGAAGUUCCACUCUCACUGUCUCUACAAAUGGUUUACAACAAGCAACAAAUCAACCUGCCCUAUUUGCAGAAACCUGUUUUGAAUGUGCAGAAGUGUGGGGUUUAUUUUGUAAUAUUUUGAAAAUGUUUAUAGUUUAUUAUUAAAAUGUAUAUUGUUA